AUGGAGGAGCAAUUAUAAUAAAUAUUCAAUUCCAAAUACAAAAAUAAGACUCUCUACAAUCAUUUUUGUGAAUUGUACUAUCAGAUGCAAGAGAAUAAAUAUUAUAAUGCAAAAAAUUUAGCAGAUUUUGAAGAUUUGAGUAAUUUUAUUAAAGAGAACAGAUUUUAUCAUGUUCCACUCUAAUCAGCAGAUAAGGUUAAUAAUUUAAAAGAUAAAGCAUUCCCAUGGUAAGAAUAUUGUGCUAAAUUAAUGUAACUUAUUCAAUUCAAAGUUAAAUAAGUUAAUGCCAAUAUCUAGAAUUUUCUAAAAUUAAACACCUUAUUGAAUAUCGUUGGGUAUGGUGUCAAUGAUGAUGAUGCAUACGUAAUAUAAUAAUGUCUUAAACAAAUUGCAUAAAGAGAUCCAAAUAUUUAAAGCGUACGUUUUUGGGGGAAAAUACUAGCACAACAAAAGGAUUACUUUGUUAUUGAAGUUACAUUAAAUAAAUAAAUAAAAGAACCCCAACCUCCUGAUUGUGAUGAAAAACUAAAUGAAUAUGUACAUUAUGUCACUUAAGAUUUUUUGGAAGAUUGGGCCUUAUUGCCAUAAAUAACACGCAAAUAAAUGGAAGCCAGUAGAUUAAUUACUUACGUUUUCAGUGGAGAUCUUAACAAAAACAUAAUUUAAUAUCCAUACUUUGAAGGGAAAGAAAAACAUCUAUUGAAAGCUUAAAUAUUAAGAAUAACACACGCCAAUUUAUUAGCUCCACGAGGGUUGUAUAAAUAUGACGAUGAAACAAAAACAAUAGGAUUUGAAGAAGAAUUCAAGAUGCCUGAAUCAACUCAAUUGGCAACUAUGGAUGAAUGGGUUCAUUUGCCUGCUUAUAUUUUAAAAUAAGGAAGAAUUACAUUUUAUGAAGAUCCUUCUUUAAAGGAAGAAGAAUUAAAUUAGAUGAAGGAGUCUGACCCUGAAUAAGAGAGAUUAAAAUCAAUUAAGGAUGAUAAACAAUUUGAAUAAAAUGAUGGUAAUUGGUUGAUUAAAAUUUUUGGAGAAACAUAAUAAUAUACUGUCAAUUCAGAUGAAUAAUUACCUUUAAGUUAUUAAGUAGUCUUGUUGAGAAAUUUUUUGUGGCCUGGAGCAGUGACUGUUAGCAAUUCGAAUGAAUACAUAAGUGUUUACUUUGGAUAUGGGUUGAAGAAUCAAUAACAUUCUUUUAAUCCUUUGGCUCCAAAAGAUGUGCAAGAGGAUCCUGAAGACAUUGAUGAAGUUCCUGAACCAAAUCCCAGAGAACAGCCAGAUGAGUUGGAACCAGAUAGUGAUGAUGAAAGAAGAAGAGAAUAGGAGAGAAGGGAAGCUGAAUUACAAUAGUAAUAAGAAUGA